CUGGACCCCGAGCGGAACAGAGCGUGCGAGCCCCGGGCUUUUCGGAAAGAGUGAGCUCACCAGUCCCAUCCUGGCCAUGGCUCCUGGAGAGAAGAUCAAAGCCAAAAUCAAGAAGAACCUGCCCGUGCGGGGGCCCCAGGCGCCCACCAUCAAGGACCUGAUGCACUGGUACUGCCUCAACACCAACACCCACGGCUGCCGCCGCAUCGUGGUGUCCCGUGGCCGCCUCCGCCGCCUGCUCUGGAUCGCGUUCACGCUGACCGCGGUGGUGCUCAUCAUCUGGCAGUGUGCCCUCCUCGUCUUCUCCUUCUACACCGUCUCCGUCUCCAUUAAAGUCCACUUCCAGAAACUGGAUUUUCCUGCUGUCACCAUCUGCAACAUCAACCCUUACAAGUACAGCGCCGUGCGAGACCUUCUAGCCGACUUGGAGCAGGAAACCAGGGCAGCCCUGAAGACUCUGUAUGGCUUUUCAGAGGUCAAGUCUCGGAAGCGCCGGGAGGCAGAGUCCGGAGGUUUGGCCUGGGGGGGCUCCCGGCCCAAAUUCCUCAACCUGGUGCCGCUGCUGCUCUUCAAUCGGGAGGAGAGGGGCAAGGCCAGGGACUUUGUCACCGGACGGAAGCGGAAGGUGAGCGACAGCAUCGUCCACAAGGCAUCGGAUGUCAUGCAGGUGCACGCGUCCAAGCAGGUCGUGGGAUUCCAGCUGUGUCCAAACGAUACCUCGGACUGUGCCCUCUACACCUUCAGCUCGGGGAUCAAUGCCAUCCAGGAGUGGUACAAGCUGCAUUACAUGAACAUCAUGGCGCAGGUGCCUUUGGAGAAGAAAAUCAACAUGAGCUACUCUGCCGAGGAGCUGCUGGUCACCUGCUUCUUCGAUGGGGUGUCCUGUGAUGCCAGGAACUUCACGCUUUUCCACCAUCCAAUGUAUGGGAAUUGCUACACGUUCAAUAACAGAGAAAACGAGACCAUCCUCAGCACCUCCAUGGGGGGCAGUGAAUAUGGGCUGCAGGUCAUCUUGUACAUAAAUGAAGAGGAGUAUAACCCCUUCCUGGUGUCGUCCACUGGAGCAAAGGUGAUCGUCCAUCGGCAGGAUGAAUAUCCCUUCAUCGAGGACGUGGGAACAGAGGUUGAGACGGCGAUGGCCACUUCCAUUGGCAUGCACCUGACAGAGUCCUUCAAGCUGAGCGAGCCAUACAGCCACUGCACGGAGGACGGGAGUGAUGUGCCCAUCAAGAACAUCUACAAGGCUGCCUACUCCCUACAGAUCUGCCUUCACUCAUGCUUCCAGACAAAGAUGGUGGAGAAAUGUGGGUGUGCCCAAUAUAGCCAGCCUCUGCCUCCUGCGGCCAACUAUUGCAAUUACCAACAGCACCCCAACUGGAUGUACUGCUACUACCAGUUGCACCAGGCCUUUGUCCGGGAAGAACUGGGAUGCCAGUCCGUGUGCCGUGAGGCCUGCAGCUUUAAGGAGUGGACACUGACCACCAGCCUGGCACAGUGGCCAUCUGCAGUUUCUGAGAAAUGGCUGCUGUCUGUUCUUACCUGGGACCAAGGCCAACAAAUAAAGAAAAAGCUCAACAAAACAGACUUGGCCAAACUCUUGAUAUUCUACAAAGACCUGAACCAGAGAUCCAUCAUGGAGAGCCCUGCCAACAGCAUUGAGAUGCUUCUGUCCAACUUCGGUGGUCAGCUGGGGCUGUGGAUGAGCUGCUCCGUCGUCUGCGUCAUUGAAAUCAUUGAGGUCUUCUUCAUAGACUCCCUCUCUAUCAUUGCCCGCCGCCAGUGGCAGAAAGCCAAGGAGUGGUGGGCCCGGAGGCAGGGGCCUUCUGGCCCAGAGGCUCCCCCCGAUCCCCAAGGCCAGGACAACCAGGCCCUGGAUCUUGACGAUGAUCUGCCCACUUUCACCUCUGCUUUGCGCCUGCCUCCAGCACCAGGGGCCCAGGUGCCCGGCACACCACCCCCCAGAUAUAACACCUUACGCUUGGAGAGGGCCUUCUCCAACCAACUCACAGACACCCAGGUGCCAGCCGAAUCCUGAGGCAAAUGGAGAAAAGAAAUCUCGUCGGGAUCCCCAGCCACGGGCUGAGAACUUAGACCCUGUCUCCUGGACUCAGAGGGACCUUUGCAGCCUCUCUGGGCUCUUCAGAGAUAGUGACAAAGUCAGCUUAGACAACAGGAGGGUGCCUGGUGUUGGGGGUUCCCAGACGACCCCGCCCAGCAACACUCACAGCCAUCCAAGAAGAGAUAGCCCCUGUGGCCCCAAACCCUUAGCUCACCUGCUAUGGAGAGAGCUGGGGGCCAGGAAACAGUACCAGCCCGGACAGGCCAGAGUAAAGCCUGACGGGGUUCUUCGCCAGGAUUUGAGAGAGCGAGAGACUCCUCCAGAGCUGUGAGCCAGGGGUUUCAGUUAGUCCCCCAGCCUGGGCUACCGCCCAAGGAUGUGACUUAGGUAUCAAGGCAGGAAAACAAGGCCUGGUGCCAAAGGUAAGAGGUAGUGGCAGCCCUGGAGCUGUUUGUGAAUCAGCUGUUUUUAGUCAUUGACCUUGGGGUGAGAUCUCUGCGCCCUCAUGCAGGGAGCUGGCCCCGAGGCCCCUGGAGUAUGCAGGGGAGGGCUGCAGUGGCCACAGGCCUGUGGCUGGGCCUCACUCUGGAGGAGUGGGUGGGCCGUGUCCUGAUGAGCUGAGCCUAGACCCUUUACCCAAGCAGAGAAGGCAAAUUAAAGAGCAUUGCUGGGCACCCUCCCGAUGGUAGUCCCAAGACACGUAGGAUUGUCUCCCGUAACCCACCUCGCUGCUCUUCCUCUACGCAGCCCACAGUGAAUGGCCUACCCUAACCCACCAGCUACCUUCCACAGACACCCAGCCAUGUUCGUGCCAUUGUCGAACUCCGAUUUAACAGCUAAUGUGUGCUAAGUACGUGGUGGGUUUUCAAUGUCAGCGCAAGAGCAGUUUGCUGAUCCUGCCCUAAGAACUUCCAGGUUAGCAAGCCAGGGAAUUACAAAGUAGGACCUGACCCACAGGCCAAAUCCCAUUUUUUAAUCCAUGACCUAAGAAUGUUUUUUCCCUAUUUUUAAGUGGUUUAAACUCUCAAAAGAAGACUAUUUUGUAA